ACAUCUUGGAGUAAGCUAACUGGGAGACCACAAAUUGACUUCGAGCAAUCAGCGAUCCUAAGACUUAGCCUAACUUUACGCACAGGGGAAGCAACCUCAGCAUCCAAAAUGAAUGUCUCGCAAUUGAUGGUCUGUGGACUAUUAAUGGCCCUUUUUUCAUUCAGCACAGAGGCAAAGUCGUUAAUCCCUGCACAAGAAAAGUCCCUUAGAAAUUUACUAGGAGAAGAGCUUUCCGAAUACCUGGCAUCGGGGGAGCGAGAGAGGAAUCUAGAGAGCGCGAGAUCGCGUCUGUUGCGGGACCUGCGGCUGAACACUCGAGCCAGGGGCAUGUGGUCCCGCAUCAUGAACGACCAGCCUGCCUCGCGGAAACAGAAGACCGGGGUCAAGAAAGGCGCGUCCACACCAGCUCGCGGUGGCUGCUUCGGACACAAGCUGGACAGGAUUAGCACCUUAAGUGGGAUGGGCUGUUAGGAACACGCCAGCACAACAG